GCAGACAACGGUGAUGACCACUCGGAAGGAGGCCUGGUCGAGAACCACGUGGACGGGACCAUGAACAUGCUGGGGGGUGGAGGCAGCGCUGGCCGGAAGCCCCUCAAGUCCGGCAUGAAGGAGCUAGCCGUGUUCCGGGAGAAGGUCACGGAGCAGCACCGGCAGAUGGGCAAGGGCGGCAAGCACCACCUCGGCCUGGAGGAGCCCAAGAAGCUGCGGCCACCACCAACAUCCUUCUACCAGUUCUCUGAA